AUGCCUGUUAUCAAUGUGUCUCUCAAGGAGGGUCAUUCUAAAGAGAAGCUUGAGGCGGCCAAGCAGAGUAUAACUGAUCAAGGUGGAAAAAUCACCAAGGAGUUUAAGUUAAUCGAUGGAUUCACCGCCGAGAUCCCAGAUGAUAAGCUGUCAACGCUGGAGUCUCACGAAGGUGUAGAUGUCGAGAAGGAUCAAGUUGUCACCACGCAGUAG